UAUCGUAAGGGGUGAAUGAUUCUCGCGUUGGUCACAUCAACACAACAUUCCCUGUCAGUGCGUGGAUGAAGUGCGUGUGACCGAGCAGUGUGUCGGAAAAACAACAACAUUUUUUUCUAUCGUGUUAUAAAAAGGAAAGCUCAGAAGUGAGCCGGUUCCCUUUGUUCACGAACAUCACCGUGUCGUUUGCGUGAGAGAAUGACGUAUUCUAUGGUGAAUCCGCAGCAGCGUUACGGACAGCACCGGCCCAAUAGAGAUGAACAGAUUAUACCAAGAGAGACUGGAGGAGCUGUGCGUCCGAGAGGGAAAGGAGAGGUCACACAACAAACCAUACAGAAGAUGCUGGAUGAAAAUCAUCAUCUGAUACAGUGCAUUAUGGACUAUCAGAGCAAAGGAAAAACAUCAGAAUGUACACAGUAUCAGCAGAUAUUGCACAGAAACUUGGUCUACCUAGCAACAAUAGCAGACUCUAAUCAGAAUAUGCAGUCUCUGUUACCAGCGCCUCCCAACCCCAAUCUAAACAUAGGUCCAGGUGGCGGAGGUCAGUCUCUGCACUCUCGGACUAAUAUGAAUGAUAGUAUGGGCACUGGCUUGCCACCCACCUUACUAAUGCAGAGCCAAAUGAGCAAUGGCCCCAGCCAUGUCCACACCCAGCAGCAGCCCAGCACAUCCAUGAGCCUGCCCGCCAGCAGCCAUGGCACGGGGCCUGGGUACAGCCACUCAGCGCCCACCUCUCAGGGUCAGAUGGCCUAUUCAUCAAUGGCAUCUCGUGCCAACCUCAACAUGCAGUCCAGCCAAGUUUCUAUGAUGCAUCAGCAAGGCACUGGACCCCAUUACUCAUCCACCUCAGCAGGGGAUCAGCACUACCAGGGCCAGCAGACUGGAAUAAUGGCACAGGGAAACCAGGGGAAUAUCAUAAUGUCACAAAGGCCACUGGGAAGUUAUUGUGUCCCACAACAAGGAUCAGCCCCGCAGUACAUGGGCCAGGAGGAGUUCUACGGAGAGCAGUAUGGACACACUCAGAGCUCCAGCGAGCCUGUUAGCCAACAGUAUUACUCGGAUGGUCAUGGGGAUUAUUCCUAUCAGCAGUCUUCCUAUGAGGAGCAGAAUUAUGAGAGAUCCUUUGACGAGUCGUCACAACACUAUUACGAAGGAAACUCUCAGUACAGCCAACAGCAGACGCAAUACCAACAAGGCUCUGGGACGCACCAGACAUUCAGCCAACAGCAGUACCCAUCCCAAGCCGGAUACAGCGCUCAGCCUCAGGGAUACGGUGCAGGCCAAGGCAGCUCAUCCCAGUAUCCUCAGUAUCAGCAGGGCCAGAAUCAGCAGUACCCAUCAUACCGCUCCAUACAGCCAGGACCAGCCGCUCCGUCACAGAGGUCCUACUCUUUUGAACAGGGUCAGUAUGGAAACUAUCAGCAAUAAAGAGACAUGGCUAAUGUUUGGGGCAGUUGUUGUGUACAUCCCUCUUUAUGCUGGAUGCUGGAAAAACAGAGGAUUCUCACCAGCCCUGUCUCACAGGCUUGCUACGGAAUCAAAAUCAAACUCUUUAAAUGGAAACAAAUAAAUCAGAUUUUUUACAAGGGUCUGGAGUUUAUUUUUUAAUCCUACUUUUAUCAUACAGGAUAUAUUAUUUUCUAUACCAGGACACUGAAGUCUCGGAUACUUUUGCUUUUUUCUGGAAUUUUUUUAUUUAUUUACUACAACUUAAAGUUUUGUCGAUUGUCUGAAUGGGUGGAUGAAUUGAUUAUUGUUCUGAUAGCACAAAUGGAAAUACUGAUGUUUAUUUUCUAUGUUCAUUUUAUUUAGUUAGUUUUAUUUCAAUUUGAAAUACUGUUAUCAUAAAUUUUAAUCGAAGGGAACGCAAAAUUGCAGACAAAUAGCCAAAGUUCAAAUUUUACACACAAGUUGUAUAUAGAUUUCUUUAUUGGAGUCCUCAUGCACAUUUAUAUAGUACGAUGUUCUUCAACAGUUUAAUGCGUGACAUGCCGGUGUGAUGUUGUUCUCAUCAUGUUUUAGGGGACUGAAUGUUUAGGAUGUAGACAUUUUCAUGCCUUACUGUUGCUCUGACACUGUAUACUGCAUCAUAUGAUACAGUAUAAACGCAAACCUAAAAAAACACAUUUUAAUGGGGGUUAAAGAUGGAUUCUCCCGUAAGGGAACAGCACACUCAAAAACUGUGGCAAAUUGAUAUUAAAGAUACUUAUCACUGGCUGUUAAACAGCUUUUAUACCAUACUGCACAAAUAAUCUGUGACAAUCGCGGGAUACGUGUGUUACUUAGCAAACUGUACGGUUUAUCUGUAAUUUAAUUAGUGAUAUUGAGUAUGCAUAUGUAGUAUAUACACUUAUGUGAAAACAUCUAGUUAGCACAAUUGUAUAGACAUUUGCGAUCAUUUGAACAAAUAUCUUACAUUUCCAUCUUCAUUGUUCUAUAAUAUAUGGACUUUAAUUGAAUUGAUAAAAAUGAAAAAUAAAUGAAAUGUCAUCCCUG